AGGCAGUGCGAUCUUUUCCAACCCCCCGUCGUCUCUCGCUCCCUUGCUCCAUCUUGAUCUCGACCCCUCUCUCUCUGUGAUGCUCUUGCGUUGCUGCGAUUGAUCGAUCCCGUUCUCGCCUUCUUUAGUUUUUUCUUUUGUCCCUGAGGGCUGCGUCGAUUCUCCUCGUGCACGCCGUUCUGUGAACUUCUUGAUUACUCUCUCUUGUCGCCGAUUGUUUGAAUUAUUCGCGUGCAAUUGCUGUGCUACACAGCUUUCUCCCUCUUCUGCCCCUUUCUCCGUGCCGUCCUCACUGUGGUUUCUGUUGCCUGCGCUCCGUCGCCGUGGUGCUGAGAGCGGUACCGUUUCGAUCGGUUAGUUGUUGAGGUUGAUGUAUCGCUGCCGUCGUGGAGGUUGUGAGAGAGAUUCGAGUUGAGUACCUCCUCUGCGUUAGUCCAGACUGUUUUGUUUUGUGGCCUGAGUGGUUGGUCUCGGAUUUGGUGAGAUUUGAGAGUUGUGGUGUGACUAGGUUCUGGUUUGUUGGUGCUGGUUCGAGUCUGUGGAUUUCAAUUGCGACGUUGCGACGUUUGUUCGUGGAGAUUUUUGGACGUGCUUUCCAGGCUGGCCGUGUUGUGAUGCUGUGGCUUCCAGACUGUGGAAUCAUAGUUUGUGCUGGGAUAGUAACAAUUAGCUUCAACAGCAAUAGGCAGUCCGGGUGUUCUACGAGUGCUUUGAGAUUCCUUCUCAAUUUAUGCUUUGAUGUGAGCCUGUCUUGAUGCCCGUGGAAUUACCUGCAGUUUCAAGGUUGUUUGUACCCGCAAAUUACGUAGAAGUUUGUACUUGUUGUCGUGUGCUAGUCUGCUACACUCGACACUCUUGUCCUCUGUUAUCGAUUUGAGUUAUAUUCUUAGCUACACGCCUUGUCUCCCCAUUUAUCAAGGUCCUUUCUGUGGGUCUGGGACGGCUAUCGUGAAGUUCCGUACUUUUAGCACUCACAGAGUUAAUACUUCAGAUAGUUAUUCCUUGCUCCCACCUAUAACUUCCUUACUGUUAUCGAGUAUCUUCUGCUUAGAAGCUUGUUCCGUUUUUUACAUUUUUUAUUUUUUUUUAUUUUUACUCUCUCAUUUAAAAUCAUACUGACUGAUUUAGUUGCUCCUUCUUGCUGUCGCUCUAUUCGGGCUUCAAAUUUUCAAAGUACCUUGAACUUUUUGUUUCGUCAGCUCAAGUUCUUUUGUGAUCUUUGAGCUCUUCUUCUCCUCAUUCUUCUUCCUUUCAUCAAUUGAAAGAGAACAUGCUUGCUUGUGCCAUCGAUUUUCGGUGAACUAAAGCCGAUUUCAAGCUGUGCUCGUGACUUCUUCAAGAAACAUCCCUUUUUCUCAGCUUAGGAGGCCAUGCUGCGUGGACCUCUAGACUCACGUCGCCGAAUCUGGUUAAUUCUUGUUGAAGGAGUAGAAGAUCUUUUUCGCUAGCAGUGCGUGCCAGCGAAUAAACAACACUUGGUAACCAAGUGCUGCUGCAACAGGCACGAACAUAUCACCGAACAUCCCAAUUGCGAGGACUAGCUUUUCAGUUGGAGGGGCAGUUCUGGGCUCUUGGUUUGAGGCUGUUUUUCAUUACAAGAAGUUAAGAGAGAGAAAAAGCUAUUUAAUUUAGAAGACGAGGUAACAGGUCUUUCGAAGAAUGAUGGCAUAUGUGGCCCCUGUAGCUCGUACGAAGAGUGAACACCCUGGCUCAACUGUCGCAGUUGGAGGUUUCACUCCUUUACCGGGAAGGCAAAUCUACAGUGUAGGAUUGACGAUGAAUGACGGAGGCAACCGGACAGAUGGUCCCCGUGUUGCUCAAGUGACCUCAUCCACUCUUCCUCCCGUACUCACUCUCCCGAAGCCAGAGCCACAGCUGUAUCGUAAAGCCGAAGGAGAAGCUGCGGAUUAUGAUAUCUACAUGCAUGGUCGGAAACGAACUAAGCUCCAUGACACUGGUUCUUCGCCAGUAUUACAGAGCUCUUGUCGUUUUCCAUCAACUACAUUCGAACAUGAUAGUGAAGGUGGAUCUCCUCUCCCAACUAGGUAUCCGCAACUAUCCGUUCUGAGGAAAAGCAGUUCUAUGCUUCCUCCUACGCCUCUUUCUGUUGCUCAAGCCCCAUGUAACCCACUCGAAGAGCCCAGUCCCUUGGGUUUGACGCUGAAGAAAACUCCCUCGCUCUUGGACCUUAUCUCUUUUCAACUCCAACAUAGUGCUACUGCGCAAGCUACUGAAUCUGAAAACUCUGCCCAAGGCUUUGGGAAAUCGAGGAUUGUGAAGUGUUUAGCUCCAACUGGCUCUACUGCUCAAGAUAAACUGAAGGCUUCUAAUUUUCCAGCAUCAACUCUUAAAAUUGGAACCUGGGAGCGUGCAUCCAGAUACGAAGGCGAUCUAGUGGCCAAAUGCUACUAUGCCAAGCGCAAGCUUGUUUGGGAGGUGCUGGAUAGUGGACUCAAAAGCAAGAUUGAAAUACAGUGGUCUGAUAUCUCGGCGAUGAAGGCUAUUUGUCCUGAUAAUCUUCCUGGAUCUCUCGAGAUCGAGAUUUCUCGUCCGCCUUUGUUCUUCAAAGAGACGAAUCCUCAGCCAAGGAAGCACACUUUAUGGCAGGCUACCACCGAUUUUACUGGGGGCCAAGCAAGUAUUUGCAAGGUUCACUACUUGCAGUUUCCUGAAGGUGUCUUGAACAGACAUUAUGAGAAACUUGUCCAGUGCGAUCCUCGGCUGAAGGCGCUUGUUGACGGAACUCUGUCAGGUUCAGGUCCUCGUUAUGAUUCAAGUGAAUCUGCCUUAGAAGGUCAAUCAGUUCUGCAGCAGACGAAGCCUCGGAAUGCAAUGGCACAUGUGUACGAUGCUUUCAAUAACAGACCAGACUCUCCCUUGUCUCCAUAUUCGCAUUUGCAAGCCAGGACAGGAUGUCCUUCUGUUGUUCCCGAAUUGGAGUCUGAUUUCUUGAACCGUAACAAUGAGACAUCUUCCCCAAGCUCUGUUAUGGAAGUUCGCAGACGCGAGGAGGGCGGCGACAGUGAUAGCGGGGAGUUUUAUGGGGAUUUGGGAAGCUACAGUCCCUACCCAGUCGAUUCUGGGUACUCUACUGCAAUUGGCUACGAUUUACAAGACAUGAAGUCAUCAAUGAAUCUUUAUUCUGGGAAUGCCGGCGGGUCAGCUGCAAACAGACAAUUCUUGGAUGAGAUUGCGCAUUUGUUGCUCGGAGACUCAUCCGUUUCGCUUUCAAACGAGCAAGCAAUCCUCCUUGCCGCCCGAGUGGGCACUAUGCAAGCUGCCAUAGCUAGAGACUUUCAGGCUGGGCCCCUUUCACAGCCCGGUUUUGAUGGUUUUUCUGUUUUAAAUGAAAAUCCUGGGUAUUACACUACGAAUUCCGAACGAAGCAUGGGCACUGACAAUGGGCAGGCUGACAGCAAUUUUGACACUAAUAGUAGGUUAUCAAAAUGUACCAAUAUGUUGGAACCCUCAUUCAACUCAGUCGGUCAGUGCCUCAACAAAAAUCCCUCCACAGGAGAAUUGCUUAUGAAUCUACCCCGUGUGGCCUCGUUGCCCCAACUUUUUGAGUCCGUCUCCCAGGGGCCGAUGUCGAGAUUCAUGGGUAUCCAGUGAAGGAUGUUUAGUUAAGCUGGUGUGUACUCUUGGAUUAGAUAUGCGUCUUCAACCAGUCCAGCAGAUAACUUGUAAAUUGGAGCAUUGUAGAAGUUCUGUUAGCGUCAAACACCGAUCUGUGUGCGACUGAUUUUCCGCUUCAUAGUCCAGCUCCCGUUUGCUCCAUCACUUGCAUGGAGUGCGGUUUGAUGUAUUCUUUUCCAUUAUGAUCAAAACACCUUAUAGGUUAUGUAAUAUUUGAUCCUGCUGUUGCAGAAACCGUAGGAGAACAUUUAGUUUCUUGGUUUUAUUUACCUCUAGAAUAUGUUCUGAUGUCGCCCUGGUCAAUGUGGUCAAAGCCGACCAGGUUCCCUCUUUCGACUGUAUACUCACUGUUACUGCUCUUCAAUUCUUAUCCCACAAACUUGAUAAUGAAAUGGAUUUGCAUCAUGCAGGUGCAACUUCCCACAAUCAA